GAACGACUAUAUUUUUUUGCGUGUAUUUUAGUAUUCUGUAUACUCUAAUAGCAACAACUAUAUAGUUCAGAAUUGUAGGAUUUGAUUCUGAUAUCCACCGCACUUGACUAUUUUUGUAUUUAUUGAGGUGUGAUUACGCUACUCUACGUCACUUAUAACGUAGAUAACUUCCCACAUAGGUACACUUUAGAACCGUACAUUCAUAUAUAGCCUCGUCCAUACCUAACAAUGGGUGGAGACAAGGAUUCAAGAUUGGUGAAGGGAGAGGUCGGAAAUGAGAUCUCCGUGGACGUCGAGUCGCAUGGCCUGACUACGACAGAAGCCCAAGCAUUGCUAGCACAAUUUGGACGCAAUGAACUACAAGAGAAAACCGUCCCAAAAUGGAUGGUCUUCCUGCAACAAUUGUAUCAGCCCAUGCCCAUCAUGAUCUGGAUCGCCAUCGUAAUCGAGGCCGCUAUUCAGAAUUGGUUGGACAUGGCCGUAUUGCUGGCUAUUCAGUUCAUUAAUGCUACUAUUGGGUGGUACGAGAUUACAAAGGCUGGAGAUGCUGUUGCUGCUUUGAAGGCGUCACUCAAGCCUUCAGCGACAGUGAAAAGAGACGACAAGUGGCAGAACAUCGAUGCCGCGGAAUGUGUGCCUGGAGACCUGUGUCUUCUUGGUGCCGGUUCUGCCAUUCCAGCCGAUUGUCGUAUCAACGAGGGUCGGCUAGAGGUUGAUCAGUCUGCGUUGACCGGCGAGUCAUUGCCCGUGACAAUGAACGCUGGAGAUGAGCCAAAAAUGGGAUCCACCGCCACACGUGGUGAGGUGGAGGCCACUGUGAUUGCCACUGGUAUGAACACAUUCUUCGGAAAGACCGCCGCUAUGUUGAAUCAGGGUAAUGAGAUGGGUAACCUACAACGGAUUCUGUUGAGAAUCAUGAUGGUGUUGGUGACACUUUCUAUCACACUGUGCAUCUCCGCUAUGAUUUUCUUGCUGGCAAAUGGCGAGGACUUCAAGCAGUCUAUCAGUUUCGCCGUGGUGCUUCUGGUAGCUUCUAUCCCCAUUGCCAUUGAAAUUGUCACCACCGCCACCUUGGCCAUCGGCUCGCGCUCUCUCGCAGAGCACGGUGCGAUCGUCACCAACCUGUCCGCAAUCGAAGAGAUGGCCGGCAUGAACAUUCUGUGCAGUGACAAGACAGGCACGCUGACCCUCAACAAGAUGGUGAUCCAGGACGACUGCCCCACCUUCAGCGACGCCGAGAACCAGUACACCGUGCUGCAGAAGGCUGCUUUGGCUGCGAAGUGGAAGGAACCUCCUCGCGAUGCACUCGAUACCCUUGUGCUGGGCGCGGUUGAUCUGACACCGUUGGACGAGUACGAACAGAUUGAUUUUAUGCCGUUCGAUCCCAGUAUCAAGCGCACUGAGGGUACUCUAAAGGACUCCCAGGGCCGUGUGUUCAAGACAACCAAAGGCGCGCCGCAGAUCAUUGCUGGUUUGCUGUCCGAUACCCCCGAGAACCAGACGAUCAAGAAACAGGUGGCCGAGAUUGUGCACGGGUUAGGUACACGUGGUAUCCGUUCGUUGGCGGUGUCGUAUUCCGGGUUUGACGAGGCCGAGGGACAAGACACUUGGACUAUGGCUGGUAUUCUGACGUUCUUGGACCCUCCUCGUCCUGAUACAAAGGAGACGAUUGAAAAAGCCUUGGAACUUGGUGUGGAUGUGAAGAUGAUCACCGGUGAUCACGCUGUGAUUGCCAAGGAAACGUGCCGCAUGCUGGGCAUGGGAACCAACAUCCAGGGCACAGAUGGUAUCCCUGAGCUGGACGAAGACGGUAAGCCCGCAGUGGACUGCGGCGCUAUCUUGGGCGACCGUAUCCUGGAGGCCGAUGGCUUCGCCGAGGUGUUCCCCGAGCACAAGUUCACGUUGGUCGAGGCCUUCAGACAGCAAGGGUUUGCCACCGGCAUGACUGGAGAUGGUGUCAACGAUGCGCCUGCGCUUAAGCGUGCUGAUGUUGGUAUUGCUGUCGCUGGGGCUACCGACGCUGCGCGUGCGGCUGCGGACAUUGUUUUGACUGGCGAGGGAUUGAGUGUGCUGGUCCACGCUAUUAUCACGGCUAGAGAAAUUUUCAAGCGUAUCCAAGCAUUUAUUAACUACAGAAUAGCCGCUACGUUGCAGCUGCUGUUCUUCUUCUUCAUCUCCGUUUUUGCGUUCCGACCAGAGGAAUACGCACCUGUACCCAACGAUUCCGGUGAAGAAUGGCCUUUCUUCUUCCAGUUGCCCGUACUGCUGCUUAUGAUUAUUACCGUGCUCAAUGACGGCACUCUGAUCACCAUCGGAUACGAUUUCUCAAUCGCCAACAAGCGUCCCGACAAGUGGAAUCUUAAGGUCCUGUGGUUGGUAUCUAUCAUCCUGGGUGCCGUUGCAUGUUUAUCCUCCCUUAUUCUUCUAUGGUGCGCCCUAGACUCACACAGUACUAGCGGUGUGUUCCACGCCUUCGGCCUACCUGGCAUGGACUACGGUCAGAUUGUGACCAUGAUCUACCUAAAGGUGUCUGUGUCCGAUUUCUUGACCUUGUUCUCGUCUCGUACAUACCCUGGCUUCUUCUGGACCCAGCGACCGGGUCUGAUGCUUCUCAUGGGUGCGGGUAUUUCGCUAACCAUCUCCACUCUCAUCGCGUGCUUAUUGCCCAAGGGUGAGCUGGAUGAGGUACCAAUUGAAGGUCUAGCACGGGGAGACUACCAACUGUGGGCUCUAUGGACGUGGAUUUACUGUAUCUUCUGGUGGUUUAUCCAGGACGGCUGCAAAGUCCUAUGCUACUCCGUGGUAUAUAAGUACGAUUUGUUCGGUGCCAUUUCCGGACAGGCCGUUAACUUGCGCGCUGCCAACACUGUCAAUGACCGUGAGCAUCCCGCCGCCAGACAGUCUGUGGCUAUGGUGGAGAACAAGGUGUUCCUGCGUAAGCUGGAUGUAGCACUCAGCGUCAUUGAGACCGCCACAGGUGAAGACGAGGUGCUCAAGCGAAGUUUGUCUGGCAUGGUCGCUGAGAUCGAAGAGAUGCGCAGAGACCUAGCUGUUCAACAGGCACACGUGGCCAAGAAGUCGCAACCGGGAACUGCUCGUAGUUCCGUUGCCGCUCGCGCCGAAUCUAUUCUUGCACACGAGGGACAAUCGGCCCGACAGUCUGUGGGUAGCAAAAACGUCAGCGCCAGAUCGUCGUUUGCUCCUCGCUCCAGUAUCGCCUUCUUCAACUUAGAGAAGAAGCAUGUCGAGUCUAUCGCCACCAUUCGAACCGAGUUGGAGGAAGUCGAGAAUCAAGAAAUUGUGGCUGCCGUCGAGAGUGCUUUGCUGGAGGUUGAGAAGGCCGCUGUCUUGGUGCAAGAUGUUGUCGAUACAGCUUUCCACAAACCUUAGAUGAAGAAAUUCAUACCUCGGAUCAGAAAUAAAUUAGUUAUUUUCAGGACUAGAAUAGUAAUGGAACAUGGUAAGCGUCAACGCCGAGUUUGACUAGAGCUUCGCGCGUCUAUGGGGAGAAAAGACAGUACGGUCGGUGUGUGGUGGUAUGUGACAAAACAUUCAGACAUACACCGCUGACUAACCGAAUUUUAUAUAUCGCAAGAACGAACCCGAUGGCCCGUUACCGUUUCAAAAAAGGCAUGUAUUUUACCAAUGUAUGCUAAUAUAGAUACGUGAUAUGAAGAACGGUGGCGGCAAUCACUGGUGUGUGAACAGAAAUCGACGGUGGGAUCGCUGAGAAGUCCGUCCCACUUCUUGUUUGGUAGUUUUCGGAGACUGCCCCAUUUUGAAGUACCAGCAAUAAAUAGAAUAGAGAAAUUACACGUGAAAUUACACGUUGCAACGACUUUUACAUUGGCCAUCCUUGAGAUACCUUAAAAUUUAAAACUAGAC